CCUAAACAAUACAGGCAGCAGGACAAAUCCUUGGAAAUAGUGCCGCAUUCUUUGGUUAUAUGAUAGCCAGGCUUUACUGGUCUAUUUAAAGAGUUUUUGCUGCGUUUCCAAAAUGAGUGACGUCUGAGCAGGUAAUUUCAAACCUCGCCGAGACGAUGUGAUAGCACAGUAACAACGGCCGUACAGUGUUAGCACACGUUAGCAAGGAGUCCGAUGCUAGCUGAGUUAGCUCACGUACGUGUAACCCGGCAGCUCGUAGAAAAAGUUGUCUUAGAGAAGCUGUUUUGUGCGUGUAACGCCAUGCCGACCAGCUGCUAGACAUUGUUGUACGUUAGGUGUAUGUGUCAACAAAGCAACCACUCGGAAAACUCCGAUGUGUUUGUUUCCGUUUGCACCGUUGCGUGGUUGAUAUUCAAGCUAGCAGGAGAACGUUAAGUUAGCUUAGCCGCUACAUAAACGACAACAUCCACCAAACUGGACAAAACAUUGGAUUUAGUCGGGUUUAAAUCGGGCUCGGCGGGUUCGCUGACCCCUCAAAAGAAAAUGAAGAAGAGGAAGGAGUUGAACGCGUUGAUCGGUCUCGGGGAUAGCAAGAGAAAGAAGACCAAAAAGGGCUCCGGUCACCGACUUCUCCGAACCGAGCCGCCGGACUCCGAGUCCGAGUCGAGCUCGGACGACGACGACUUCAACAACCUUAACAGCGGAGCUAACUUUGGAAAAAGAAGCUACACACAGUGCUGCAAUGUGUGCUAUCCCCUGUUUCUGUUCAUCAUAUUAGCUGCCUGUGUUAUGGCCUGUGCUGGACUCAUAUGGAUGCAGAUUGCUCUGAAAGAAGAUCUGGACUCGCUGAAAGAAAAGCUGCACAGCAUGGAAUCCAGCCAGAAGACGUCUUCAAGUGAAAUACCAAAAUUAAGUGAGGACCUGAAAAACAAGGAGAAGAAGCUUGACGACAUUGAGAAUGGAGGCAAGGGGCUGAGCAAACUCUGGUCUAACCUAACAGAAAUGAACCGAAAGAUCAGUUUGCUAGACUCUGCUGUAAACCAUUUAAAGGCCAAUUUGAAAUCAGCUGCUGAUUUAAUCAGCCUACCCACAACUGUUGAAGAGCUUCAAAAGAGUGUUGCUACAAUUGGAAGCACACUAACAAGUGUACAACAUGAUGUGAAGACUAUGCAGGCUGCCCUUGAAAAUCAGAAGAAAGAUGACGACUUAAAGAAGGCAAUGGACAUAACAGACUUGAGAAAAGCCAUGGGUGAGGUCAACAAGACAGAGGAACAGCACCACACAUGGACCGAUGAGCAGAUCCACAUCCUCCUCUCUACAGUCGCAGAUCUUCAUCAAAGAGUGGCCUCUUUAGAGAACAGGUCAAAACAAAGCUCGAACAACAAUGACGCAGCAGCUCAAUUGGCAAUCAGCAGUGAAAAUUCAACAACUGAGGUGGUAAAAGAAGCUACCACAACAGAAGCAGCACCUGGGAGUGUUCACGAGAUAUCCUCAACACUGACAGAGCCACAGACAAGCAGACGUCCUCGUUUCUUAACUCCAAACCGCUCUAAGAGACAUGCCAAGACAAGAUGUUCAAAGUGGCUGUCCUUGCCUGGUGUCAGUUCUCUCAAAGAUUUGGAGGACAUCUUCCAGCAGGUCGGUGUUGGACGUUCACUCAGAUUGACCUACCAGGACCUGAGGAAACUAUUUGGAGAAUCAACUCCCAGUAAUCACGCCAUGCUGUGCUUUGACAGUGACGGGGACCAGAGGUACUCCCUGGUGGAACUGAAAGCCGCUUUAGGUUUGUGAGCACAUCACUGCUGACAGCAGUGAACAUUACUGUUAACCCAGCAGGGUCUGGGAGUUCGGGAUUCCUGACCCUUUUCUGUAAUUGCUGCACUUUUGUGAACUGAAUAUUUAUCAUACUGAUUGUGGAAAAAGUGGCGCUGGCAUGCCCCCUACUCACUCCCUCUCUCCUAGUCCAUCUCAGCAUAACCUCAGCCACAAAGCAUCGCUUAAAUUUUAACAGUAAUCCACGAGUACCUGUACCUAGAAUAUUCAGCUCGUUUUAUUAAGGUUUUCGGUUUAUAUGAAUAUCCCAUGCAAAAAAGUGUUGUGAAUUACUUUGAAUCCCAUUCUCCACCCCCUAUCUUAAACUUGCUGUGUUCGUGUAUCCUUGUUUUGUUUUUCUUUUGACCACCUGUCUCAUUUAGUGUACCAUUUUUGUACAUUUAGCUUCAGUGGAAGCUUUAACUGUUUGUCUGUUGAAGAUGUCCCCACACGUCAACUCACAAGUGGUACAACUCACCUAAACCUUAUUUAUAGGACUUGAGAUAGAAUUUUAUGAAUGUUUACAAAUGACUACUAGAAACAGCUAUUGUCAAGAUUUGGUUUUGUUUUUAGACAGUUUCCUAACUUAUCUGAAAUACACAAGUGAGCGUAAGAGUUAAAACUUUUGUAUGCUCUUUUCUAAGCUAAAUCUAACAUUUGGUUUCUCUUUUUCGUUCAGUGUUUUCCUUGUUUAUCUUUAGUAGGUUGCAAUUUCGAAUCUUGUAUUUAGUCCAUCUGUACAUUUAUCUGUAGUUUCUUGAUGUUUUGCAGAUUUGAAGGGCUAUGAACACUUUGAAUCACUCAGAAAGAAUUUUGAAGUGGUAACUCAUGAGACAUAUGUAGCAAUAACAAAAGGACUUAGAUAUUGCUUGUUUCGGGUUGCAGUGGGGAGAAGGCACACUUAGCUCACAGUAUGUAACAGGUAGUAUAAGAAGCACUGACCACCACUCUCAACUUGAUUCCUUUUAUUCCAUUUAAAUGGCAGAAUAAUGGUGUAUUUACAUAACAAAUUUGUCAUAUUCAGACUUUGUUGUACUCUGUAAAAAAAAAAAUCAUUGCAAUGUGUUCUCAACCAAUUAUAUUGUGAAGGGGCUCAGGUUGGUAAAGAUUUGCUUUACGGUCUUAAUCUCAACAUUUUACAUUUUUUAAACAAUUCUGUUGUGCUUUGCAUGUUGCUUUCCAUGUAACAUGAAAAAAUUAUUUAUGAAUUUAACAUAGUCGACUGUUUGUUUUUGCAGGACAAUGGUUAGUUGAGCUUGAAAUGUAACGGCUUUGGCCACCAUGACAUAGAUUUUGGGUCCAUGCUGCUACUGUAUAUGGGAGAUUUUAUGAAUGUCUUUUCGUUUGAGCACCAAUGAAUAAACAGUUAAAAGUCUGA